AGCAGGCGCAGGCAGCAAAUAAAAGACAGCAAAACGGCAGCCGUGGAUCCCAGCACGCUGCGUCGCAGUUCAGCCGCCGCCGCUGCCGCCGUCGCCGUCACUGUGAAAGCGACGCCAACAACGCCAACGCCGCUGACAAUUUGUCAGCCGCCUGGGCCAACGCCGGCGUAUCAGCGGCUGACCAAAGCUUUGCAAUCUGAUCCCAGAUGUGGACACGAGGUAACAAUUGGCCGUCGCAUUGGCCUGUACAGAUUUUGUGGCGACAUCGGACGCGGCAACUUCUCCAAAGUCAAGCUGGCCGUGCAUCAGCUGACCCGAGACAAAGUGGCCAUCAAGGUAGUUGAUCUAGAUCGCGCCGGCUUGGAUGCCAAAGCGUUGCGCAUGUUAUCCAGCGAGAUCGCAACGCUUGAGUGUGUCCAUCAUCCGAAUAUUUUGAGGCUAUUUGAGGUCGUUGAGACGCUGGGGCGUGUCUAUCUAGUUACCGAAUGGAUACGCGGUGGCGAGCUUUAUAAUCACAUCACACAGGGUGGUCCAUUGCGUGAGAUUCAUGCAGCGCCGCUCUUCAAGCAGCUGCUCUUGGCUGUCAAGCACAUGCAUAGCCUAGGCUAUGUGCAUCGCGAUAUUAAAGCGGAGAAUGUGCUGCUGUUGUCCGAGGAUCGGCUAAAGCUGGCGGACUUUGGUUUUAGCACACAGCUUAUAAAUGGUGCCAAUCAGAAGCUGGAUACAUUUUGUGGCUCGCCGCCUUAUGCGGCGCCCGAGCUCUUCUCCGAUGAUCAUUAUAUAGGCGCACCUGUUGACGUGUGGGCCUUGGGGAUUUUACUCUAUUUCAUGGUCGUUGGCAAUAUGCCAUUCCGAGCACCCACCAUACCAGGCCUGAAGGCAGCCAUAUUGAAGGGUGACUAUCUGCUGCCCGGUCAGCUGAGCUUGCCCUGCAUAAGACUAAUACAACGAAUCUUGAUACAUGUGCCCGCCCAGCGGCCCACCAUAGAUGACAUGUUGAACAGUCAGUUUGUCAGCUGUCCCAAGCUGAGCGUGGAGCUGAUGCAGCAAGAGCUCAAUUUGCAUAGCAAACCUGCCAAGCGUAACAUUUUCUGGGUGCGCAAGUCGCAUCGGCUGAGCAAGACGGCAUCGCUGCGGGAGCGCUACACGGAGCUGGUGAAGAAGCCAGCGAUAAGCAUGAAUACACGCCAGCAGGAUGAGCUGUUUACGCAAAGCUUUUUGCAGCCCAUCGAGCUGAAUAGCCAGGAGCAGCCAGUGCUGCUCAACAGCAGCAAAGAGCUGGAGGCCAUUGGCGAAAGCAAGCAGCGUGCGGGAACUGCGCGUCGCUAUUUGUUCUGCGGCACGUUGAAGAAGAAGAUAACACCCAUCGAAACGGAGCCAGAGAAGCAGCUGUCCAAUGGCAUGAUGCCGCCGGCUAAGCUCAGUCCCUGGAGCAUUGAGGUAGCCGACGAUUGUCCAUUGUUUAAGAACUACGAUGCCGAAACGGGCGGCUGCGUCAUGUUGCCCACCAACACCGAUGAUCUCAGCCAGCUGUGUGCGCUGGAAUUCGAAGCCAGACAGCUGCUCGCCGAGCUUGGCGUCACCUCGCAGAUGCUCAUCAAUGCCAUACCAAGUGGACCACGCUCCGACAUCAUCGGCGCCUAUCGCAUCGUUGUCAAUCGCCUGCAGAAGCAAUCCUGGCUGGCGCGCAAGCAUGUGGAGAUGGCUUUGCAUCUGGAGCCCAAGCCGGAGAAGCGCAUUGAGCGUCAGUGCUGCAUUUUGUAGACCAAACCCACAAGCAACAAAUCUUAUAGCUGUCAAUUUGUUUAUGUAGCAAAAGAGCAGUUGUUAUACUUUUGUUAUUAAUUUAGCAUAAUUCAAAGUGUUAGAGUUCCUUAUUUCUCUGUGUA